CAGUAUCCUCAUUUGGCCUCUGGUCUUUCAGGCGCUUAUGAUGCGCUGAAAGGUUGUCCGCUGCUCAGCGUUGCUACAACAGUUUAAUGUCUAAAUUCAGCGUGAGGAGCUCACUUGGCACUUUCUUCUGACGAGAAAACCCUACACGACGGUUCCGUGAGUGGACUCUGCCGACACUUUACUACAGGCGCUGAUGUAGCAGACAGCGUUGCGACAGUUGUCGUGCUCUCGCUCCACCUCGGGUCCCCGGCGCCUCGCUGCAUGACCUCAGACGACAGAUAGAUCCACGAGGGGAAACAGCCACCCCUUCCUCACCCCGGACCCCCUUCCUCUGGACUCCGACUGUGACCGCAACCUCCUCGUCUCAUCUUUCAACUCCAGCAGAGGAAGUUUCUAUUCACAUCGGAGUUGUGAACACCUCCACUCGGUCCAGUGGAGGUGUUGAGGAGCUCCCCCCUCCCUCCCCUCCUCCCCUGUUUUUUCCUCCCGAGUCGUUUUUUAAUAUAUAUUUUUUCUCCUGGUUGGUUCGAGUCCGGUUCUGCCGGCCGUGUGACUUUUCAAAACUGGGGCGGGAUUCAUGGGAUGCAACCAUGUCGGAUCUCAGUGAGCGCAGGCCGGUCAACACGGACUACGCUGUCUCCCUGCUGGAGCAGCUCAAGUUCUUUUACGAACAGAAAUUACUGACUGACGUCGUGCUGCUGGUGGAGGACACGGAGUUCCCGUGUCACAAGAUGGUCCUGGCCACAUGUAGCUCCUAUUUCAGGGCGAUGUUCAUGAGCGGCCUCAGCGAGAGCAAGCAGACCCACGUCCACCUGCGGAACGUGGACCCGGCCACCCUGCAGAUCAUCAUCACCUACGCCUACACUGGCAACCUGGCCAUCAGCGACAGCACCGUGGAGCCGCUGUACGAGACCGCCUGCUUCCUGCAGGUGGAGGACGUCUUGCUGCAGUGCAGAGACUACCUGGUGAAGAAGAUAAACGCUGAGAACUGCGUCCGCAUGCUGAGCAUCGGCGACCUGUUCAGCUGCAGCGAGCUCAAGCAAAGCGCCAAGCGAAUGGUGGAGCACAAGUUCCCGGUGGUGUACCGGCAGGAGGCCUUCCUGCAGCUCUCCCACGAGCUGUUGAUAGACGUCUUGAGCAGCGACAACCUCAACGUGGAGAAGGAGGAGACGGUGCGCGAGGCGGCCAUGCUGUGGUUGGAGUACAACAUGGAGGCGCGCUCGCAGCACCUGUCGUCCGUGCUCAGUCAGAUCCGCAUCGACGCGCUGUCGGAGGUGACGCAGCGCGCCUGGUUUCAGGGGCUUCCGCCCAACGACAAGUCUGUGGUGGUGCAGGGUCUCUACAAGUCCAUGCCCAAGUUCUUCAAACCGCGGUUAGGCAUGACCAAGGAGGAGAUGCUGAUCUUCAUGGAGGCCAUGUCAGAAACGCAAGGCGAGGGAUACGUCAUGUCCGGGUCCGUUCCGACGACGGUGGUGUGUUACAGCCCGCAGGCGGAGAAAGUGUACAAGCUGAGUAAUCCUCCUGGAGACCUGCAGAAGGUCGGGACCCUCGUCACGCCGGACAACGACGUGUUCAUCGCCGGCGGGCAGAUCCCGCUCAAAAACACUAUCACCAACCACGGCAAGAGCGGAAAGCUACAGGCCGUCUUCCACUCAGUCGAUAGCUUCUUCUGGUUCGACGCCCAGCAGAACGCCUGGGUGCCCAAAACCCCCAUGCUGUGUGCCCGAAUCAAGCCGUCGCUGGUCUACUGCGAGGGCUUCAUCUAUGCAAUCGGCGGGGACAACGUCGGAGGGGAGCUGAACAAGCGAACGGUGGAGCGCUACGACUGCGAGAAGGACGAGUGGAGCAUGAUGAGCCCGCUGCCCUUCGCCUGGAACUGGAGCACCUCGGUGGUGGCGCACAGCUGCAUCUGGGUGAUGACCCACGACCUGAUGUACUGCUACUUCCCCCGCGCCGACACCUGGGUGGAGAUGGCCAUGCGCAAGACCAGCCGCUGCUUCGCGUCCGCCGCCGCCUUCGGUGACCUCAUUUUCUACAUCGGCGGCCUCCACGUGGUCAGCAACUCCGGCAUCCGCCUGCCCACCAGCACCAUCGACGGCUCCUCAGUCACCGUGGAGAUCUACGAUGUCAACAAGAACGAGUGGCGCCUCGCCGCCAACAUCCCCGCCAAGCGUUACUCGGACCCGUGCGUGCGGGCGGUGGUGCUGCUCAACUCGCUGUGCAUAUUCAUGCGUGAGACUCACAUGAACGAGCGCGCCAAGUACGCCAUCUACCAGUACGACAUGGAGCUGGACCGCUGGUACCUGCGGCAGCCCGUGUCCGAACGCGUGCUCUGGGACCUGGGCAAGGACUUCCGCUGUGCGGUGGGGAAGCUGUACCCCUCCUGCCUGGAGGAGUCCCCCUGGAAACCCCCAACCUACCUCUUCUCCCCCGACGGAGCCGAGGAGUUCGAGGUGGACGGGGAGCUGGUGACCCUCCCUCCCGUAUAGCUCUGAACCUCCGCUCCCCUACCUCGCUGGACUGAACCAGGAACCUGUAAACGCUGAGGGAUGAACAUGAAAAGGGGGGGUGAGGCGUUCUCGAUGCAGCCGGGAGAGAAAAAAAAAACAUAAACACAAACGAGCUUGGAGAGAAAAAAAAAAAGAAAGGCGCCCCUCAGAAAUACUAGUAAUCUGGAAAUUCUGUUUAUUUUCCUCGUUUUAUUUUGUCAGUCGUGACAUCUGUUAGAUAUUAUUACCAGUCUGUCAUACUGUUUCUACAAUGUGAUGAUCUAAACGUCAGCUAAUUUUUUUCUGUGAUGAUGAUGAUGAGGGUGAUGAUGCACUUAACUGGUAAAACCUUCUUGGAAUGACAAUGGCAACUGUACCAAAAUCCCCCAGCCGCCUCCUCCUCCUCCUCCUCCUCCUCCUCCUCCUCCUCCUCCUCCUCCUCUUCUUCUUCUCUCUCACCACUGAUAAACAAACACGCCGCUGAAAAUCUCUCAUGUGAUUAUCAAAAACGUUCCUGUAGACUUUUUAAAAAAGUCUACAGAGAAAAAAAAGGCUCUGAGGAAGUCGCUCCUUUCAUAGAUGACGACAGAUCACUAAAUGUGCUACUUUUUGACUGAGGUUUGGUGAAGCAACGGUACGAAAAGCGUUUGUUGGAAGCAGCUGAACAUUUUAACGCCUCACAUAGCUCGUGUAUUUUAAACUUUCCAAGUUAUUUAUUUGUUUCCGAGUUCCCAAAAUCCAAAUUUACUUCUUUAAAUGGCUUAAAUUAGUCUAAAUGCUGGAACGACAGAAUAUCGUGACAUCUUCUGGAUGGAUCUGGUGAGGUGACUUUUGGCUCAUCGGUGGAGACGUGUGAAUCUCAGCCUCUGAUAGAACCGACUCUUAAAAGUGUCUUUUAACGAUGAAAUGUGGCUAAAAGUUCUGACAUUUAAUCAAUUAAUGAAAAGUGAAAAAUUAAAUGACUGAGUGAUGUGGAUGAUUAAAUGAUUAUUCAGGCCUGUUUUGUUGCAAAGCUUCUGGUUCUCCACUGGAAUCCUUUGUUGUUUUGAAGUAUUAUAAGUAGUUUAUUUAUCAAAACCAGCUUCACAAAGUAGAAACACGGCGAUGGAAGAACAGGCCGGUAAAUCCUGACGUCGUCGUCCACAAACGAGCGAACAAACCUCCUCAGAGCCUCGUUUUGAAGCGUCCUCGUAUUCGAUCCUCCAGCGACGAGAUCUUGAAGUGUUUCCUCUUUAAAAAAAAAAUUUAAAAAAAAAAAAAAAAAACUGCAUCCAACUUUUCUGCAGGAGGCGACGCAGACGAGAGGACCAGAGGUUUGUCUUUCUUUGUGGAGCAGGUUUGAGGACCAACGGGGGAAACGAGUGAGCGGCGGAGAGCAUUUAAAAAAAAUAAAAAUAAAUAAGACAGGCGACUGCAGGUCCGGUCGCCCGUCACCUCUCCUCCCUCACCUGGCGCCGUCUGUCCUCCACCCUGACUCCACCCACCACCUGUCUGUCUGUCUGUCUGCACACAGGUCUUCCACACAGCCAGCAGUUUACACCUUCAUCCAUCCAUCGUCACACCAUCACAUUUUCUUUUCUGCUACACAACACAACACAACUCCACUCUCAGUCGGUUUCGGGCUCAUGCAUUUUUUUUUUUUUUUAUUUCCAAGCUGCUGAAAUAUAUAUAUAUAUAAUAAAAAAAUAUAUAUUUUUCAUAACUGUUUUAGUGUUGAGGGAAAAUAACCAGGUCUAUUUUGUAUUAGUGUCUUUUUUUUUUUUUUUAUUUAAUAUCGGACAUUACUGUAGUGUGAUUGUUGGGUUAGAUUUCCAUUUUUCCGAUCAGAUUUAAUUUUUCUCGAGUGAAUAUUGAGGAAUCUUGCUGCUGAUUGGUUGUGAGAGGAGAGAGGGGGGCUGGCCCACGGCUGUUGCUAUGGAAAUCGCCUCUGCAACCGCCAGCAGUAGCGGAGAGGGCGGGGCGGGUCGGGGAGGGGAGGGACGGGGUCUUCCUCCUACCUUAAAAACAUGAGCACAGGUGCUUCAUGACGAACCUUAACUAGCAUGUUUGGCUGCAUCAUAUUCCUUUGGCACUGUAUUUUGAAUGAACGUUAAUUUAUUAAAAAACAUACCAAAAACGUUCCUGAAA